AUGGCCAGCGUCGCUUCGGUGACGUUGCUCUCUGAGGCCGAGUUUGGCUGUGAGCACCUUGCCACUCAACUUGCGCAUGCUGGAAGCGCUGCGAAUCAAUUCAAGAACUCGUUCCUCAAGACUCACAAUGCAUUGGCUCCGCAACCCAUCACGGCGGAGAUGAUUGCCAAGCAUACUGCUGGUUCGCGCAGCUAUAGUCUUCUGAGACCCAGGUACACGUGCUUAACCUGCUCUGAAGCCUGCAACCCGAGCGGUCGGGAAAAGCAUACCGAGAAAACGGGACAUUCAUUUUUUAUGGAAUCAAGAAAUCGUGCGCUGUAUUGCCAGAGCUGUGAAGAUCUCAUCUAUGAUCACGGUUUGGAGCGGCUACGAUCGUCAUCAUCAGAAAACACGCUCAAAGUUGCUCAAAAACGUCGGUUCAGCGAGAGCUCGGCCGAUGAACUUUACGUCAGAAGCAACGCCAACAGACGCCUUUGUGCGAAAGCAGGUGCCAGGGGUUUGUAUAACCUGGGCCAGACUUGUUACAUGAAUGUCAUUCUUCAGACCUUGCUUCACGAUCCAAUCCUGACCACCUAUUUCCUGGGAAAUGGCCAUCCGCAUCAUCAUGAUUGCCAAACGCCUGAUUGCACAGGCUGUGCGGUUGCCGAGGCAUUUGCCGAUUUCAACAGUACCGAAAAGUUGGAUGGAUUUGCGGCCCUGAACCUUCUCGUGGCAACAUGGCGUGGAAGUGCGGCCCUGGCAGGGUAUCACCAGCAAGAUGCACAUGAAUAUUACCAGUUUCUCGUCGAUAAGCUGCACGCAACCACCGAUGGACAUCAGGAGAACCACGAGAAGGGCUGCCCUUGCUUCUUCCACAAGACAUUUUAUGGCAAGCUUCGAAGCAGCGUUACCUGCGACAAAUGCGGCAAUGUCACGCGCACUGAAGAUCCCAUGGUGGACCUGAGUCUGGAUGUCCAGGUGCAGGCAAAGAAGCGCGCCAUGGGCGGCUCGGGGCCUUCAUCCCCACCCACGCUGACUGGAUGCCUCGAGAGCUUCACCUCGCCAGAAAAGCUGAUGGCAGGCGUCUACAACUGCACUUCUUGUGGCGACACCCCUCAGAAGGCGACGAAGCAGCUGCGGAUCAAGAAAUUGCCGGCAAUUCUGUGCAUGCAGUUGAAGCGCUACGAACAUACGUUUUCGGUCUCGGAGAAGCUCGAGGGCAGAAUUGAUUUCCCACUGUCCAUCAACAUGCUCCCGUACACGACCAACCCACACCCACUGACCGACAGAUCGCGCUACUUGUAUGACCUAUCUUCCGCGGUCGUUCACAAGGGAAAACUCGACGCUGGUCAUUAUUACGCCUACUGUCGUCAAGGCGAUCAGUGGAUGCUCUUCAACGAUGACCAAGUUACCCCAGCGACCGAGGCCGACGUUCUCAACGCCGAUGCCUAUCUUCUUUUUUACAAUCUUCGGUCCUUGGCUGGCGCUCCACAGUAG